AGAAUAGCGUGAGCAUGACACAGAGAGAGAAAGAGAGUGGAGGGACAGACAGAAUUAGAGCGUUGAAGGGAUCUGUGGGAAUUCCAAGGUUUUGGGUAGUUCCCCGGGUAGUGUAUCCAGUUUCAGUAUGAAUAAUAAUCAGGCAAAUUGCCCCAGCUAUGACAAUAUAGGGUUUCAGCAUGAGGAAGAAAGAAGACCCCCUUCGUAUGCCCCACAACCGGGUUUAUACCCUCAACUCCCACAAGCGACCCCCAGCUAUGUUGCCGUCACUUCCAAUACCAUCAACACCCACCACACUGUAAUACCUGGAACACUGCAAAGCACAGGACAAAAGAAAGGAAUAAAGAAAUGUCACUGGAGACAGAUACUAUGUGCAUCUCUGUGUGUGCUUCUUAUCCUGGCAGCAGUUGGCGUUUUGCUCUGGUACUUCUUAUACUACGAGUGUUUACUGGGGAAGUCGUGCACAACUGGUGGGAAAUGUCUGAGCCCCUCCCAGUGGUGUGAUGGCGUUUUGGACUGUACUCAUGGGGAGGAUGAAUCUCAGUGCUUUCGCCUCCAGGGGACCGACUUCAUGCUGGAAAGUUACUCGUCUGAGAGCCAAAUGUGGAGGCCGGUGUGUGCUGAAAACUGGGACAACAACUAUGGGAGAGCUGUGUGUGAGCAGAUGGGGUACAAUAGGCAGGAUUAUGUUUCCUACACCCAAAUCAGCGCAGGUUCUUUGGCCUCAAAGGGAUACAUGAAGCUUAAGCCUGGGACUAACCAUGGAUCACGUAUACAGUCACAGCUCACUUACAGCCAAAGUUGCUCAGUCAGAGCUGUCAAGCUUAAUUGUAUUGCAUGUGGACAGAGUUCAGCAGCCCCCAGUACUCGUAUUGUUGGUGGCACUGAGGCAGCAAGUGGGGCCUGGCCGUGGCAGGUCAGUCUCCAGAUUCGCGGACAACACAUUUGUGGAGGCUCUAUCAUCAGCCCGUACUGGAUCCUAUCUGCUGCACACUGCUUCCAAACGUACUCCACUCCAGGAAUGUGGAUGGUGUACUCUGGCGGCGUGAGCUUGUUAGAAAUGAGCUUUAGCACUGGCAAAACAGUCAACAAAAUCAUCAGUCACAAAAAAUUUGACCGAAAAACAAAUGACAAUGACAUUGCUCUCCUUAAGCUUUCUACACCUCUGACAUUUACAAGAACAGUGAAGCCAGUCUGUCUCCCCAACAUUGGUGUGGACCUCUCUGCUGAACAUCAAGCCUGGAUAACAGGUUGGGGAGCUUUGAGGUCAUCUGGACCGUCCCCUGACAAACUAAAUCAGGCCCAGGUGACCAUUUACAGCAGGGAGACCUGCAACACACCUUCGGUGUUAAAUGGAGAAAUCACUGAGACCAUGAUCUGUGCCGGCAAAAUGCAGGGAGGAGUCGACUCCUGUCAGGGGGACAGUGGAGGGCCCCUAGUGGUCAAGGAGGGAGACGUAUGGUGGUUGGCAGGAGACACUAGCUGGGGUAUUGGAUGUGGUCAGAGGAGAAAACCAGGAGUCUACGGCAAUGUUACCUACUUUAUCGAGUGGAUAUAUAAUCAAAUGCAGAACGAGUGAGAGAGUUCUCUGUGAAGCUGAAGACGAACCUCUUCAUUAAUCAGCAAGACUUACUUUAUCACACACUGCACUUUAAAUCUGAAGCUCAGAGGGAAUUUAUUGAUGAUUUAAAAAAAAGGAAAAAGCACAAAUAAAACUGGUGUAUCAUUUCAUUACUGGCAUAUACGUAUUAGUACAGAUUAAAUAUUUGUAUUUGAACAAAGCCAAGCUAUUUAUUUGUUUUAAUAAACACACAUUUUGCACUAAGAGCAGAGUCUCAAUUUGACAUUGAGUGACAAAUUUCCUGUUGAGAUAGUCACAGAACACAUUUGCCUUCCGUCUUCUGCUUUAGUCAAAUAAGUGGCUAAUGGAGCAAACCCUGCCAGCCAGCGCAAACAGACAAUUUGACUCUUACUUCAACUCAUGAUACACUCAACACAAAUCCAACUCUCCCUUUGCAAGAAAGUUGCAUCCCACUUUAAUUCCUGCAUCCACCUGUUCACAUAAUAAUAAUAAUAAUAAUAAUUGAACAAACUCUAUUUGCUGAGAAAGACUGGUUAAA